AUUAUGUUCGCUCAAUCUUUUGCCAGUUUGGAAUCCAGCAAAGUUAAUAAACCAAAAAAAAGCUAACUUGGAAUGUUAUCAACUGCCAUUAGUAAAAUUGGAGAGUCUAACUAUACCACAAAAACCAGUUAGUCAACUAAUAUGUCUCCAGUCAGAAUGAGAAUAUUCAGAGACUCAUCACCAAAAUAAAGCAAAGGCUUAUAAGGAGUAGUAGUUGGAGAAUACCAGUAUUUAUCAUUAUUAUAAUAGCCCUUUAACUCCUGCACAAAUUGUAUUUAGUAGCAUUCACAAAAAUUCUUCUCAUAUUUAACCUAAUACAAAUUAUAUUGAAUCUCCAUAAAAAACUAAAGUAAGGCUGGAUAGAUUCAAGAAUUGGGAUUCAAAAUUAGGCUUAGAACUUUAGAUCUAAAACUCAAAAUUCACUCGAUUCAAUAAUGAAUUAUCACAUUCAAGUUAUCAACCUCAUCAUUUAUCCACCAAAUCAUCUAUUUUUUUGGGUAACAAUCAGAGCAGAUUAGGUUUUGGUGGAAACUAAAGUGACAUAAGACUAUUGAGUGCAAAAUUGAACGCAAUCCCACCUACUCAAAUAGGUGCAUUUACUGUUGGGUAAGAAUUAGAAUAUACAUUUAUAGACACAAUCAUGAAUUAGCAGACUUACAACAAUCCCUUACUAGAAUAUUAAAGUCAAGUCAUUAGUAUUGAACAAAAUUGAUAAUUAUAUUAAAUUACAAGAAUAUUAAAA